AUGAUUGAACGAGAUCAGAAGUGGAAAAAAAGAAUUUGAAUUAGUAUUUUCAUGUUAUCUUCUGGAUUACGAAUACCGGAUAUUCUAGUCAAAUGUAAGUACCUAACCUCACAAUGCAGCUUCGUAGUCAUGAAUAUACUACGAAGGCUACGAAGUAAGACGCAGAAUCGACAGAAUACUUCUAGAAAUUAGAUACUUAGUAAAAUAAAAUGGCAUCUAACGAACAGUGUCUCGAAUUCGAAUUUAUGGAGAAGAAAUCAAAUCUGAUGAGCAUGGCGUACGAAUUAUCGGUAAUUGGAAACACCCAGGUUUUAGUUUUUGUGCAUCACGAUGGGGGAAAGUCGGCAUGUUUUUGCACUAUAGAUUUCCAACCUGUGGUAACCAGUGACUCUGGAAAGCAAUUAAUUCAAUCAUGCCUCGACAAUAACAAAUCUACGCUUUCCGAAAAUGAGGACAAUACGAUUGUAGUUAAUAUUUCAAACGGAACUAACUCAACACCGAAUAGAGGCGAAGUUAAUCCAGAAUUUGCGGAAAGGAAAUCCCAAUUACUGAACAAGGUUCAGGAGGUAUCAACUGUCUGCAAUACGUCUGGUUUGGUCCUCAUAAUGAAUUACGAUACUGGAGAAUUAACGAGCUUUUUCACCAAGAAUUUAGAACCCGUGGUUGCAAGUGAAACUGGAAAAAAACUACUCGAAUUGUGUAUAAAGGGAAAAAAUUUGGAUUUAACAUUAUUAAAAAAUAAAUUUCAAGGAAAAGAAGAAGGCUGCCAAACAUUUUCAAACAAAUUACCGUCAAGGGUCGAUGAAAAAAAAUAA